AUUGAAGCUAAAUUUACAUUCACAUCACGGCCAGAGGAAUCACACAACAGAUAAGAGCUCCCAUGGGUCCGAAAGCAUCGCAGUGUGAAACUAUACACUCUACUCCUCAUGUGUCUGCGCUAUAUUGACCUCUGUGAAAGACAGACCUCUAUAUCUGACUCACCUUCAUUUUCUCAAUGCUUCACUCAUUUACCAAAAUCCUCCCUAUAGAAACCAGCCCCACUUAACCCCUCCUUCUCUCUAUCUCUCUUCCAUAACCUCCUCCGAACUCACUCUGUGACUGCAGUGAUGUGUCUGUUAUUCAAAGACCCCUGUUCUCCCUCGCCGUCCUCCUCAAGGGCUGCCUGCCUGGGCAUCAGCAGUUAGGACUCCUGCUCCAUAGUCCACGGAUGGGGACCUACAGCGAUUUGUGAGGAGGAACUAAGAGGCCAUGACUGACUGGCACAAUGGCACAACACCCGGCCAGCAGGAGGAUGAGAGCAGUGCUCAGGAGAGGUCAGAGUGUGUGCUGGCUUACAUCCCUGUCAUCUACUACAGUACUCUGUUGUGUGUUGGAGUGCCAGUGAACAUCCUGACGCUGGUGGCUCUUUACCGGCUGGCUGUUCGUACUCAGAAGGCCCUGUAUGUGUAUCUUCUUGCACUAACUGGCUCGGACAUCCUCAGCCAGCUGUUCAUCAUCUUCGUGGGCUUCCUGUUGGAAACGGCUGUGUUUCACCGAGACGUCCCUGUGCUGCUGCUGAGGUCAGUCAGUAUGAUGGAGUUUUCUGCCAAUCAUGCAUCUAUCUGGGCUACCGUUCCCCUCACGGUGGACCGCUAUGUCGCUUUGUGCCACCCGCUACUUCAUCGGCAGAUCAGUUACCCGGCACGGGCUCGGCGGAUCAUCGCAGUGGUGCUCACAUUGGCGCUGGCAUCCGGCGUGCCGUUCUUCUGGUGGUCGGACAUGUGGAGGGUCAGCCAUGCGCCAAACAGCUUGGAUACCGCCUUGAUUUGGACCCACGUGACUAUUAUUUACUUCCUUCCGUGCUGCAUCUUCCUGGUACUAAACUCUUUGAUCAUCCUGAGGCUCCAGAAGAGACAGCGGCAGCAGAUGUGCCAAGACGAGAGCGGGCAGCAGCUGGCAGUGCCAAGCAAGCUGGGUAAAACCACAGCUAUGCUCCUAGCAGUGACUUCUGUGUUUGCUGUCCUGUGGGCGCCUCGUACCGGAGUGGUGCUCUACCAUCUCUAUGUGUCAUCGGUGCACAGCGAUUGGCGGGUACAUCUAGCAUACGACUUAGCCAACAUGUUAGCCAUGCUAAACACUGCUGUGAAUUUCUUUCUGUACUGUUUUGUCAGCAAACCCUUCAGAGGGGCAGUGAGGGACGUCCUGUUGUUCCGGGGGGCACAUUUGCACCCACGCCACCCCUUAAAUCACCAGCACAAUGCUGCCAAUGCCUCCACCUCUUCUAUUUCCAGCUCCAAACGUUCCCAGCGAGAGGUCACCCCUCUCUCACCCAAAAGGGCAGACAUCAAGAUAUAGUACUGCUUAAAGGGAAAGUUCACUUAAAAAUGACAAUUCUGUUAUCAUUUAAUCACCCU